AUGCUCUCACUUAACCUCGAACAAUGGCCCUUCUCCGGGCUGGCCACCUCGCUUGCCGUGGCGGUCACGGUCUAUCUCAUUCUCUUCCGGCUCUCCUCGACUAAAGCACACCCAGAAGAGCCGCCGAUAAUCACAAGUCCCAUUCCCUUCAUUGGACACCUCCUAGGCAUGGCCCUCCGGGGUGGCUCCUAUGUCAAGUCCCUUGGCCUCAAGAACCGCGACAAGCCAAUCUUCACGCUGACGGUGCCCUUCUCGCGCAUCUACAUCGUGACAGACCCCUCGCUGGCGGCCGCCGUGCAGCGCGCCUCCAAGGCGCUGUCCUUCACGCCGUUGGUCCCAGACGUGACCAAGCGCGUGCUGGGCCUCGACGACGCCACCAUUGACAUUGUGCGCCAGAACCUCGACCCGGAGCCCGGCGACCCGCGCGGCUUCCUCGCCGACAUGCACGACAUGGUCUACUCGUACCUGGGGCCCGGCGAGCCGCUCAACGAGCUGACCCUCGAGGCGGUGCGUGAGCUCGCCGUGCAGAUCAACGCUUAUGCCGCCUCCUCCUCCUCCUCCUCCUCCUCCGCCGCCGGCGGCGACAGUGGCGAGGUCGUCGACCUGCUCGAGUGGCUGCGGCACUUUGUGACGAUCGGCACGGCGCACUUCCUCUACGGGCCGCACAACCCGCUGGCUGUGCACCCGGAGCUCGAGGCGGCCUUCUGGGACUUUGACCACGGGCUCGGCCGGCUGCUGAUGAACGUCGCGCCCAGCGUGACGGCGCGGCGGCCCUACCGCGGGCGGGAGGCGCUCGCCGCCGCGCUGGUCGCGUACCUGGAGGCGGGCUACGGGCGCACCGAGGCGGCGCGCAUCGUGCAGAACCGCGUGCGCAUCGCCGAGCAGUACGGCUGGGGCCCCGCGGCGACGGCGCGCAGCGAGCUGUCGUUCCUGUUCGCGGGCAUCGUCAACACGGCCACGACGACCUUCUGGACGGUGCUGCGCAUCUUUGCGGACCCGGCGCUGCUGGCCGCCGUGCGGGCGGAGCUCAUCGGCGCAGGGGCCCUCUCUGCCGAGACGGCGAUGCCGACGGGGCCGGGGCCGGGGCCGGAGCGCACGCUCAGCGUCGACGCCCUCAAGGCCGGCUGCCCCACGCUGCUGGCCGUGUUCCGCGAGUGCCUGCGCCUCGGGUCCGACAACUACUCGACGCGGCUCGUCAAGGCCGACACGCUGCUGUCGAACCGCUACUUCCUCAAGGGCGACAGCGUCGUGCAGAUCGCCGGCGGCGUCAUCCACGCGGACGAGCGCAUCUGGGGCUCCGACGCCGACGCCUUCAACCCCUCGCGCUUCCUUGCCGGGACGACCACCAACGGGGAUGGCGAGGGCGGCGCAGGCGCAAGCAAGCAGAAGGAGCACGGCAGUGGCAUACACCCGGCGGCGUUCCGGUCCUUUGGCGGCGGUAAGACGCUCUGCCCGGGACGGCACUUUGCCACGAAUGAGAUCCUAGGCUUUGUUGCGAUGGUCGUGGCUACAUUCGAGCUCGAGGCGCUGGAUGGCGGACGCAUCACAGUGCCGAACAAGGACGAUCAGGUGCUGCCGGUGCAUAUUCUCGAGCCCAAGGCGAGCGAUGCCGUGAAAGUACGGGUGAAGCUGCGGGACGGUCAAUAUAAGGCAUUGAAGGUGGUUUCAUGA